AUGAUAAAGUUUCACAGAGCACAGUGCAUCGCAGACGGCAUCAGGAUUUUUCCCACAACACCAGAAGAUUUUAGGAAGCUCACAUAUCUUCUAAAUAGUGAUAACAUCCCAUAUCAAGGCGUUUCGGCCACGGGCAAAUUAGGUGCACGGCCCAAGUGCGCUGAAGAACAUCUCUCCAAUGGCUGCACGAAGUCACGGGAAACCAAGGCCACCUGUGCAAACUGCGGUGAAAGUCAUCCUGCCAGCUACAAAGGCUACACGAGUUAUCCCAAGCUUGCACAAAAAACCAAAGAAACCAAGCCUGCGCAUCAACAACUACCUAGAAGCUACGCUCAGGUAUCAAGGGAAACCGUACCAACCAACGACCUGGCAGCACACCUCCAGAAGUUCAGCGAGAUGUUCCAACAAAUGCAACAGAUUGCUAACCAAAUCCAAACAGUUUUCCAUUCGGCCACGCCUAUAUCCCAAGCAGACCAAAAUGUAUAA